UUCAGUUUUAGUCUUAUUGGAGACAGCAUCGCGUUCGGUUGUCCACGAAGCCCCAGCGCUGAAAAAAAGUUAACGACCUACCUCCGACAGCUCCGAACCAAACUAAAACUAAAACAACAAACCGAUAAACAAAAUCAAAUCAGCGAAUGCCAAUCAUAAUGAUCAGAGCGAGAGACUCAACCUGGCUGUUUCUCAUUUGUCUGUUAAUUGGACAAUUCUACGUGCAUUGUAAUGGAACUCCCGUAGAAACGCAAGACACGGAUUAUCAGGACGAUGACUACGAAUAUGGUGAUGAUGGUGUAGAGGAAUUACCAGCAAUUGAUGUUAUAGGCGAUGUGGAUCAAGCUUUAGCACCGCCAUAUUUUGAGCAGACUGAUAUAAGGAUCGAGGCAAAACCUGGUCAAGAUGUGGUCCUCAACUGCGAUGCCAGGAACUUCCAGUUGAGCAAUGCGGUGAUGUGGUACAAGGGAGACACAAUCAUCGCCAAUGGACAGAGUCCGAUUAGCCAGCGAGUGGAGGGCAUGCGGAACAACUCGAUCCUCCUGAGGAACGUGACGCCGGAGGACGCGGGCGAGUACCGCUGCGAGAUCCUUCCUCAGAGGGUUCAACAACGUACCGCAUUGCGGGUGGGCGCCCGGCUGUCGAUCCUCUGCGACGAUCGCGAUAUCACGGACCGAUCGCAGACGUUCAGGCAGGGCGACCACCACAAGCUCGAGUGCCGAACCUAUCUGAGCACCAACGCCACCAUCAAGUGGUCCUUUAAUGAUCUGAGUGGACAGCCCGCCCCCGUUGACAAUCAGAACGGUGUGAUUGUGCUGGACAAUGUGGACGAAAAGGAUGCUGGAGACUACCAGUGUUUAGCCGACGACGGCAGUCGUCAUCCUCCCCAUGGAACAGUGCACAUUGAAGUACAGUACAGCCCCAGUGUGUCCACCCAUCGACACAAUGUGAACACGGAGAGUGGCGCCACCGCUGAGCUGUACUGCAACUACCGGGCCAAGCCAAUUGGCAGGAGCUACUUCGUCAAGGAUGGUCAAACUCUGCAGAUUUCGGAGAAGUACUCCCUCAAGGAUUCGGUGCACCAUGGCCACAAUCGCACCACGCUGAUUGUGAGGGAAGUCACGGAAAGCGAUCUCGGGGAGUACCUCUGCCAGGUGGAGAACGCCAUCGGGUCCAACGAGGUGAGGAUCCACGUCAGUUACCUUCCGGAGACUCCUCAGUUCGAGGACAUGUCCAUCGAGGGCAACAAGGUCACGCUGCACUGGCUUGUAAGGAGUCGACAGCCCCUCUCCGAGGCCAUGCUGGAUUACCAGUUGAAUGGGUCCUAUUACUGGAGCACUGUUUCCGUGCUGCAGACGCACCGUCACAACAGCACCGAGAGCAUGUGGAAGAUCACCCACCAGCUGGAGUUGAGCAGCGGCAUGUGGCACGCUCGUGUGAAGACGAAGAACAUCCACGGAUGGUCCCACUUCUCCGCAGAUCACACCUUCGAGAUCCGCGAUGGAUUCCCCUCCGACAAGGAAGAUGAUGAGGAUCAGACUGGCGCCGCGGAACUUCCUCCCGAUGAGAUCGUGCAGGCUGGAAUUGGACCAGUGACCCGCGGAGGUGCGUCAGCCAUCCGGCAGCUGAAUCUUGGAGUGAUCCUCCUGCUGGCAGCCCUCCUGCUGCGAAUCCGCCUCUAAGGGGUGCCAUUUAAUCAGAAUCGAGAUGUGUACAUACGUAUUUCCGGCUAGGAAACGCACAUAGGAAACCGAAACUAAGUAUUCUAAAUAUACAAUGCUAAUUCGCGACCGCUAGCUUGGGUCAAUGUUAAUGUUAAUGCUAUAGAAACCGCUGAAGCGAUCACCACUGAAACAUUUGUGCCAAGCAAGGAAAGAACGUUUAGGAACGGAGGAUUAAAGUUAAUUUAGUUUAGUUACAAAUUAAUGGAGCGACAUUGGAGCAGCGAGGAUCGGUUUCAAACCGAACAAAAAAUUUACACUUUGAUUAACCUUAGCUAUAAUAUUUAUUUGUUUUAUUUUGUGUGCAUGUGAAAGUUGGCACUUGAGGAAAGGAAAGAAGGAAAUCCGAACCGAAAACGAAUACAAAUUAGGGUCAUCGCAAGGGGAAGAAUUCCGAAAUAUUAAACUAAAGUAUAGAAAUUCGUUGUUAAAUCCACAAACAAAAUCAUUUUAUUCCCACGCGAUGACGUAGAGUAGAAAGCGAAGAAAUGGGUGAGGAUCUAGUGACUUUUUAGGAUUUGCAAUACCAUAUUUUUGUAUAUCCAAGCGUACUUACGAACUGCAACAGAAUCAGAGGGGCAGUGGGCGGGACUUAUCGAAGGGCACGCUAUUUAUUUUAUAAACUAGACCAAAGCUUAGACAUACAUAUGUGUACCUACCACACCAUACAUAUGAUACUUAUUUUUACGGAACUACGCCACAUCAACUAAAUGGAACAGAUUGAAGGGAAACGAUUCAAAACAUAUACAAAUCAAAAGCUAGGACUUGUGUGUACCUAAGAGAUAUUGAACAAAUCAAAGAGAGUACUAUAUAUAUAUAUACGAGUAUAUAUUGCGUAAUGUUUGGCUUCACUUUUUGUCUUUGAUCCUGCUACAAUACCUGAGGAAUAUCGCCAUAACAUGCUGACCGUUCGUAUGUGUAAUCCAAUUGUGAGGGUAGGAAUAUAUUUUAUAUGUAUUUUAUUUAAGAAUCAUAACAUUAAAGCUGAUCAAUAAACGUGCCAAUCGAAGCAAUCAACCGAACAUUGAUUGCUCGCUAAAUCAAAUCAAAUCAAAUGAAAACGACACAAAAGUAAAAGUUCCACAAACAAAGUUUUGACGAGGACCUGAUUUCGAAAGCCGACCUUUAAGCAUAUACACAUAUACACAGAAUAUAUAAAAAGAGGAAUACUUAAAGCCAGUGUCUUACAUGAAUAUUGUAAUUUUCGUUGAGUCCAUGAUAAGUAAGCAAAUAAAAACUAAAAACCAAA